UUCAUUCAAACGCGACUGAGCGCGACUCGCUCGACUUUACUGUGGUGUUUUACUGGAGUUUACCGCGCUCGUGUGUGAAUGCAGGACUCUGAGGGACAUGGAGGCUUUUACCAUCAAGAGUCGCAUUAAGAGUCUCCUGCGCUCGCCGUCCAUCAAACUCAGAAGGAGCCGCAGCGGCCGCAUCAAAGACAGUCUGUCCAGCAAGGUGACUCUAGAGAAAGUCCUGGGCAUCACGACUGCAGGAAACAGUGGUUUAACAUGUGAUCCGUGUUCAGGAACGGUGGCCUAUCCAGCCGGGUGUGCCGUUGUGUUACUGAACCCAGCCACAAACACACAACAGCAUCUCAUCAACUCAUCCAGGAAGAGCAUCAGCACGUUGUCGUUCUCGUCAGACGGCAGGUUUCUGGUCACUGGAGAGAGCGGUCGUCUGGCGGCGGUGUGUGUGUGGGACGUGAGCGAGGGCUCGCUGGUCUCUCAGCUGCAGGAGCACAAGUACGGCGUGUCCUGCGUGGCCUUUUCCCCCAACGGCAAAUACAUCGUGAGCGUGGGAUCGCAGCACGACAUGAGCGUCAACCUGUGGGCCUGGAAGAAGAGCGCUCUGAUGGCGGUGAAUAAGGUGUCCAGUAAGGUGACGGCCGUGUCCUUCUCAGAGGACGGCUCUUAUUUCGUCACAGCGGGGAACAGACACGUCCGCUUCUGGUAUCUGGAACCGCCUCACGCUGAUCAGCGCGCGUGUCCCGUGCCGCUGAUGGGCCGCUCAGGGCUCCUCGGGGAGCUGCAGAAUAACUUCUUCUGUGACGUGGCGUGUGGACGAGGCCUGAGGUCCCACAGCACCUUCUGCGUGACGGCGUCGGGUCUGCUGUGUGAGUUCAACAGCCGGAGGGUUCUGGACCGCUGGGUGCACCUGCAGACGGGUUCGGCGCGCUCUCUGGCGGUGACGGAGGAUCUGAUCUUCUGCGGCUGUGCGAGCGGAACGGUGCGAGUGUUCGGAGCGUCUGACCUGCGCUUCAUCGGCUCGCUGCCCCGUCCUCAUCAUCUGGGCAUCCAGGUGUCCGCCGCCACACAGACCAGGCAUCUGUUCAGCAGAACGCCAGACGCCCGUUACCCGGACUCAGUGGCGGUGACCUUUGACCCCGUGAACCGCUGGCUGUCCUGUGUGUAUAAUGACCACAGUUUAUAUGUGUGGGACACGAGAGACCUGCGCAAAGUGGGCAAAGUUCUCUCAGCGCUGUAUCACUCGUCCUGUGUUUGGGAUCUUCAGAUGUUUCCUAGUAAGAGUGACGGCUCGUCUGAUCCGUUCGUCUCGUGUUCGUCUGACAGCACUGUGCGUCUCUGGAGUUCAGACGGCGUUCACGGCGGUAACGUCCUGAGUAACGAUCUUCAUCACAUCUUCUACAUGGAGCACAGCACCGCCGCCCUGCUGGACGUGGAGGGAACUGCCAUCAGUGGCUCAGAGAAAGCCGAGGGAUCGAGCGCCGACAGCAGGAGCGGCAUCAGAACCAUCUGCAUCAGUCCAGACGGGACACACCUGGCCUCCGGAGACAGAAAGGGCACACUCAGGAUUCAUGAUCUGACGUGUAUGAAGGAGCUGGUGAAGGCUGAGGUCCAUGACUCUGAGAUCUUAUGUCUGGAAUACUCCAAACCUCCGUCAGGUGUGAAUCUGCUGGCCACUGCGAGUCGAGAUCGUCUGAUCCAUGUACUGGACACUGAGGAAGACUACGGUCUGCUGCAGACUCUGGACGAGCACUCGUCCUCCAUCACGUCUGUCCGCUUCGCUGCCGCUGGUGACGGGACGCUGCGGAUCAUCAGCUGUGGAGCGGAUAAGAGCAUUUACAUCCACACCGCUCACAGGACGGUCCGAGGAGCUGAAUUCAAGCGGACUCAUCAUGUGGUUCGUAAAGCGACUCCUAAUGACAUGGAUGUGGAUCCCACCUGCAAGUACGCUGCCGUGGGCAGUCAGGACCGCAGCAUCCGAGUGAUCAACAUCAGCAGCGGCAAACAGAAGAGAUCCUUCAGCGGCUCUCAGACUGAAGACGGCAGUUUGCUGAAGGUUCAGAUUGAUCCGUCGGGUCUGUUUGUGGCCUCCAGCUGCUCUGAUAAGAACAUCAAUCUGAUCGACUUCCAGACCGGAGAGAGUCUGGCCACUGUGUUUGGACACUCGGAGAACAUCACGGCUCUGAGGUUCAGCAGUGACUGCAGGCGUCUGCUCUCGUCUUCAGCUGACAGCUGUAUCUUUGUGUGGCAGCUCGCUCCUGAACUCACUAUCAGUAUGAGAGAGAGACUGUCUGCGAUCAGACGCCGUGACAGGGCAUCGAGCGUCAGGAACAAUCCCUUCAGACGUUCUUCUGUGACUGGAUUCACACUGCACAGAUCCACAUCCAUCAUGACCUGCUCAUCUGAGAGCGAACGAGAGGAAGAGGAAGAUGAUGAUGAAGACAUGAAGACAGCUGAAGAGACGGGUGCAUCUGAUGAAACGCACUGGAAUCCAGUGAAGGAGGCGUCUGUAGACUCGAGUGCGUCUGCGGUGGCGUGCCGUCCUCGCAGGCGCUGGUCCUGUCGUGUGGGAUCGCUGGAGCUCAUGGUGAAGUCCAUGCUGGAGCUGCGGCAGCUCGAUUCACUUUCUGAAGCUCCAGGCCAGAGCAGAAGCUGCGCUGAUCGAUGCAGCACCUCCAGCCUGCAGGAUUGGACUCUCCGGCGUCCUCGAUGGCUGGUUCCCGUCGGCGCUCCUGAACCUGAGGGUGUGGUUCUGUACCCGGAUCACUGUCCCAGCACCAGCAGCCUGCCUGGACCGUCCUACCAGAUACAGGCUCUGUCUGAGACCGCCGAACACGAGGAGAGAGCAGAAGAAGCCCAGAGUCCCGUCAGCGGAGCCUCCAUGGGCUACGGCAGCGGAGGAUCCAGUCCAGACCACCGACACCACGAUGUGGAGGCGCUGGGCUCUGAUGAGGAAUCCUGUGACGGUAGCACACGGCCGAUCUGUGAUUCUGAGAGCGUUCCGCAUCAAGACGUCUGGAGGAGAAGCUCUGAGACGCUGACGGAUGGCAACGAUGCAGGGUCUCAGAUGAGAGCUGAAGGUUUGCACAGCCAGAAGUCCUCUAGCAGAUCCAGUGCGGCAGUGAAGCCCACGGUGAGCGGCGUCAGGCCCCUGAUGGAGGACGCAGGAGAGCCCUAUCGUCCAGCGCAGAGGAGCCACCCGUACCUGAGCCGCGUCAGCAGGACCUCAGCUGGACUCCAGAAGUCUGCUUCAGCACACAGUCUGAGCGCCGACCGAAGGUCCCUGUCUCCGUCCCGUCUGCGGCGAGCGGCGCGUCCCGUCCUGCCUAAGCUCAGUCUGGAGAAGGUCGCCCCUCAUCAGCCGUCCUCCCCUCAGCCGUGGGACAGUCCGACCCAGAGCCGUGUCCUCCGCUCCUACAUGAGCCCCACCACCAGCUCCAUGGCCAAAACCAGCCGCUCUGCGUCCAUCGGUGACAGCCUGCAUGUGGGCAGCAGCUCCUGCGAGAGUCUGGUGCUCCCCGCGCCGUCCCUCCUCACAAACACCGUCAGACCCCGCGUGUGUCAGCGCCUGAGCAGAUCGGCUUCAUCGCAGAACCUUCUCUCUGACCCGAGCGCUUCUUCAUCCUCCUCCUCCUCCUCCUCCAGCACAGACCCCCAGCAGACGCUGUCUCACACGCCUCGAGCGGAGGUGAAGGCUUUCUCUGUGGCGUCUGAUGCUCCUGAUGAUCAAGGUUUGCCUCGGCGACGCUCUUCCUCCGUCAUGCUUCUUCCUCUCUGUUUCUCUCCCUUCUUCUCGCUCUCCUCCAGCCGUCUGUGUGUUUCGGACGCGUCGGUCGGGCUGGAGCUCUGCAGGCGGGCCGCAGCUGAUCUGUGCAGCAGUGUGAGGACAGCGACGCGGCUCUACAGGACGCUGAUCUCCCAUGAUGCCGAGCGCAGUGCGGAGCAGCAGCAGAUGCAUCAGCUGAUGUCAGACGCGCUGCUGCUCGUGCGAUCGGAGCUGGAUUCAGUGUCUGGAUCGUCUGGAGCCCUGAGGAUGGAGGAGGGAAAGGAGACGCUCGCAUUACUGGAGCAAUACUCACAACUGCUGCUGCGCUCGGUGGAGAGGAGACUCCAUCAGGACGAGUAGAGCUGCAGAUCCACGCACGUGUGUGUGUGUGUGUGUGUGUGUGUGAGAGAGAGAGAGAGUGUGU